GUAUUGAGCCCACUGGGAACAUGGUGAAGAGAAAGGCCGAGUUCACCGUGGAGACCAUCAGCGCCGGCCAGGGCGACGUCCUGGUCUACGUGGAGGACCCAGCUGGGCACAGAGAAGAGGCCAAGGUCAUCGCGAACAACGACAAGAACCGAACUUUCUCCGUCUCGUACAUUCCCAAAGUAACGGGGGUCCACAAGGUGACGGUGCUGUUCGCGGGGCAGCACAUUGCCAAGAGUCCGUUCGAGGUGACGGUGGGGAAAUCGCUGGGCGACGCCGGGCGGGUGACGGCCCAGGGGCCCGGCCUGGAGCCCACGGGCAACAUCGCCAACAAGGUCACAUCCUUCGAGGUCUUCACGGCCGGUGAGUGGGGGGUGCCAAGGGGGGCCGGGCUGGGGCUGACCCCUCCCUCCCCCAGGCACGGGGGCAGGCGAGGUGGAG